AUGAGUGUUGAUACUUUUGAAGAACAGUUUGGCGACGAAUAUCCUACUGGUGUCUGGGGUAAUUUCAAGAAAGAAAUUUCUUCUAACAUAUCUGACAUUGUUGUCGCACUUGCUUCUUUCCAUGGUGAAUCAAAGUACUUUGCAUGCACAGGAUUUUUCAUUAACUAUGAUGGCUGUCCGACUAUUCUGACCUCAGCCAGCUUGGUUAGGGACCCCGAUGGCGCAAAUGAGAUUGUGAGCGGCUUAAGGAUUGAGGUGUUGCUUCCAAACAAAGAAUCUGUAGGGGAAUUGGAACACACUGUAGGGGAAUUGGAACAUUAUAGUUUACAUUACAAUGUUGCUCUAGUCAGCGUCAAGAAUUACAAUGUUGAUUGUCCUGUGAAGCUGGAACAUGAGUCGAUAUGUUAUGAUGAAACGGUGGUAGCUGUGGGCCGUUGCUUUGAAUCAGGUAUAUUAAUGGCUACAAGUGGGGAAUACAUCCAAGACUACGGCGAGGUGUCAAGCGAUUUGGAUUGUGAAUUGCUUUGGUACACUACGUGUAGGACCACUAAGGCUGGUAUCGGAGGUCCCCUUGUUGAUUUGGAUGGAAAAUUUAUGGGCAUCAAUUACUAUGAUACAGAAAUAGGAACCCCAUUUCUGUUUUUUCUUGAUAUCCGGAAAAUUUUGGAUGAUUUGAAGACAAAAAAGUUUAGUUUUGCACAUUACUGCAAGAUUUGUUUGAACAUUUGA